AUGUAUGGCUCGGGAGGCAAGAAAACGCUGUUCGGAGGUAACAUUCCAGCACCAAACAACAAACCAGCGUCCGAGCUUAGUGCUGAGGACCACUCGCUGUUAGUCUCUAUAUGUGGGGAAACUUGGCGCAAUGAGACAUUCGCAUGCUGUGACACAACUCAGUUGAACGAUAUGAAGACACAGCUCCAUAAAGCAGAACCUUUGAUAAGCUCCUGUCCAGCCUGCAAGGAUAACUUCUUCCAGCUGUUUUGCCACUUCACUUGUUCUGCUAACCAAUCGAGCUUUGUCGAUGUCACAAAAACGGGAACCUCGAUGAGUGGAUCGCCAAUAGUGGCUGAGGUCGAGGUUCUUGUGGACGAAGUGAUGGCUACUCAGUUCUACGAUUCCUGCAAAAAUAUCAAGUUCGGAGCAACUAACGGAUACGCAAUGGAUCUCAUAGGAGGUGGUGCACAGAAUUACAAACAGUUCCUCAAGUUUUUGGGCGACGAGAAGCCGAUGCUUGGAGGCUCGCCAUUCCAGAUUGAUUUUAUCACCGAGCAAUCAAAAGACUUGUCUCCUUUAUCCCUUCCGUUUCACGCUUGCGAUGACCAAGAUGAGAAUUUCCGGUGUGCUUGCGCCGAUUGCCCCGGAUCGUGCCCUUCUUUGCCCGAAAUGAAACGCUCAGACAACUGCAAAGUGGGAGUAUUACCAUGCUUCUCAUUCACCGUCAUCCUUAUCUAUUCUUUGGCAUUGGCCACUUACAUUGGAUUGUAUUUACUGGCUGUGUCAAAAACUCGGUCGAGACUGCUAUUCCUUGAUUCUUUGGAGUCUCCUGCAUUUUCAGGGUCAGAAAACGAAUUACUGAAUGAGUCGGAUGAUCAGUUUGAGAACUUCGAACAGUAUGUUGCAAAGGACUCAUACGUUGUCAACAACUUCCUGGAAGAGAGAUUCGCUAAGCUUGGUCUCAAAUGUGCAAAGCAUCCAUGGAUAGUUAUAGGUUUGGCCGUUGGACUCUCUAUUUUACUAGCAUCAUUCACCUUUUUACUCGAGCUCGAGACAAAUCCUGUCAAUCUUUGGGUCAGCCCCACAUCAGAUACAUAUCUGGAAAGAAAAACGUUCGACGAAAGUUUCGGUCCAUUCUACAGAACACAACAGCUCUUUAUUUCCAACGCAACAGGAGAUUCAAUACUACAAGACUUUGACUUCAUAGAAUGGUGGUUCCAGAAAGAGAGCGAAAUCACAUCCAUGCAAGCCACCUAUGAAAACUCAUCGGUUUCUUAUUAUGACAUCUGUUUCAAGCCAACUGGAGACGAAUGCAUCUUGGAAUCGUUUACUCAAUACUUCUUUGGAGAUAUAAAUCAAAUAAACCGAGAGGCUUGGAAGUCGCAACUUGAAAACUGUGCGAACUCACCUGUGAAUUGUCUUCCAACUUUUGGUCAACCACUGAAGCCCCAGCUGAUUUUCGGUGGCUUUAAUGACUCUGUCACUUCCGCAGAAGCAAUAGUUGUCACAUGGCUGUUGAACAAUAACAACGAUUUAGACGACAUUCAGGUUCAGAAAUCAAUUGCUUGGGAGUCUCUUCUUGAACAACGGCUUCUAAACUUGACACAGGAAGCUUCAGAAUUGGGACUGGAAGUUAGUUUCAGUACUGAAAUUUCUUUGGAAAAGGAAUUGAGCAAGUCAACAAACAGUGAUGUCCGCAUAGUGAUCAUAUCCUACUUGGUUAUGUUUGCUUACGCUUCCAUCGCUCUAGGAAGCGGCAGUCUAAGCAAUCAGAAUAAUGUCAAGUCAAAUUCUCCACUUUCUUUCCUUAUCCAUACCAGAUUUGGACUGGGACUUGUGGGAAUUUUGAUCGUCCUUCUUUCUGUUGCAGCGUCGGCUGGGUUUUGGAGUAUUUUCGGUUUGAAGUCUACUUUGAUCAUUGCGGAAGUUAUCCCAUUCCUUGUCUUAGCGAUUGGAGUUGAUAACAUCUUUUUGAUUUCCAACGAACUUGACAAUUGCAACCAUUUGAAUUACAACAAUGAUGGAAUAGAAGUGAGAAUUUCCAGAACCCUGGCUAAAAUAGGACCAAGCAUUCUGCUUAGUACAUCGUGUCAGUUUAUCUGCUUUUUGCUUGCAAGUUCUGUCGGAAUGCCAGCAGUGAAGAACUUUGCUCUUUACUGUGCGCUGGCUGUUCUACUCAACUCUGCUCUCCAAAUGACGGCAUUUGUUUCUGCCAUUUCUCUUGAUCAGAAACGUAUCGAAGACUUGAGAUUGGAUUGUUUGCCAUUUAUCAAAUUGGAUGGAAGCUACCAAGAGGUUUCAUUACCUGAGGAUAACCAAGAGAAUGAGGAAGGAUUGUCUCAGUUGCUAGAGUAUUCAAACGAGAAUAUCUUCAACAAAAUAGUGCACAAUUACUAUUCGCCUUUUCUGUUCCGUCCAAACGUUUCUAAGUGGGCCUUUGGAUUCUUUGUGAUCUUAUUUGGGGUUUCUUUGUCGUUAUUGCCAACAAUUGAGCUCGGUUUUGAUCAAAGAAUUGCUAUCCCAUCAGACUCGUAUCUGAUUGACUACUUCAAUUCUGUCUAUGACUAUCUUGAAGUUGGUCCGCCGAUAUAUAUGGUUGUUUCAUCAUUGGAUGUCACAAAGCUGGAGAACCAACAGAAGCUAUGUGGAAGAUUCACUACGUGCGACGAGUUUUCACUGGUGAAUAUCAUGGAACAGGAAUACAAACGUGAGGAAUACAGCACCAUCAACGAACCUGUUUCCAGUUGGAUAGAUGAUUUCCUGUUAUAUCUCAAUCCAGACUCGACCGACUGUUGUCGGUUAAAGAGAACAAACGAGUCAGAAUUCUGCACUCCUAACCAGCCUUCAAGACAAUGUAAAGGCUGUUAUGAGGAUAAGUUAUGGACUUUCAAAAUGGAGGGUUUCCCGGAGAACGAGACAUUUACCAAGUAUUUCGAUCAUUGGAUCGAGAGUCCCUCUGAUCCUUGUCCACUGGGAGGCAAGGCUCCUUAUUCUUCCUCUAUCUUACAAAAUGAGGAAGGAGAGAUUGUGCGGUCAGCUUUCAGAACGUCGCACAAUCCUCUGAGAUCCCAGAAGGAUUUCAUUGAGGCAUAUCAUCAGUCUUUGCGUGUCGUCAAAGAGAUCAAAAAGUAUUUGGAUUUGGAUGUGUUUGCAUACUCGCCAUUUUACAUCUUCUUCACUCAAUACGAGACCAUCGUUUCGCUGACUUUCCGAUUGCUCAUCUCUGCAUUGAUACUGAUUUAUGUUAUCAGUUCUUUGAUGCUUGGGUCUUUGAAAAACUCAUUCCUGUUAGUUGUGAAUGUGGUUUCGAUUUUGGUUAAUAUUGGUGGAGCUAUGGCUUUGGGAGGUAUUUCGCUGAAUGCUGUAUCUCUUGUCAAUGUGUUGAUUUGUCUUGGACUUUCUGUUGAAUUCUCCAUUCAUUUGAUCAAGGCAUUCAACUACAAUGAGGAUGAUGCGAAAACAGAUUCUUUCUCGAGAGCGCACAGCGCAUUGAACUUUAUUGGAGGGCCUACGUUGAGUGGAAUCACCUUAACAAAACUGAUUGGAAUUGUUGUUCUUGGCUUCACUAGAUCCAAGAUCUUCCAAAUCUACUAUUUCAGAAUGUGGUUUGCUCUGAUCAUACUCGCAUCUCUUCACUCGCUAGUCCUUCUCCCUCUGUUACUGAGUAAGUUUGGUGGAAAGGGAUAUCAGGUUUCGCAGUUCGCAAACUCCAAUAGUCUGGAGGUCAUGAGGAGGUUACGGGAGGAUGAAAAUAUACAUUGA